UGACGUUAGUUAACAAACCACUAACAUUACGAUACCACACUUACGUUUGAAUAUCAUCAUCAUCAUCAUCAUCUUUCUACAUUCACUGUCUUCACUCUUUUAACAUUUUGCUUUCCCCUAUCCUCUUCUUCUCACUCAUACUCUCGUCACUGCACAAUCAUCAACAACAUCAACAUCAACAUCGCUCACUCUCCUCAUGGUUCUCACUUAUUAAGUAGUCUCACAAAAUCCCUCUUCUCCGGACAGACUUAAAUAUUUUUCAUUUAUUCAUCAACCAUCACUCAACGAACGUAUUUUUUUAGUCAAGUUUACCCAUCUCAGUUAACAUUCAAAAAUGUCAUAUUCCAUUGAGCUUUCCAAGAUUGAAGCCAUCACCCGUAACCUAGUUUUAACUAAUGAUCAACUUGAAAAGGUUGCUUCUCUCCUUUUAAAUGAAUUCAACGAAGGACUCGGAAAACAAACCCAUCCUAGCGCCUCGGUUAAAAUGUUCCCCACUUAUGUUCGCGAUGUGCCUAACGGACGUGGUAAGUACGAGGAAGGUAAAUUUUUAGCCUUGGAUCUCGGUGGAACUAACUUCAGAGUCCUUCUAAUUGACAUUAAUGGUGACGCGUUUCAUAUGGAAAAUGAAAUCUAUGCUAUACCACAGGAAAUUAUGCUUGGAACCGGCGAACAGUUAUUUGAUCAUAUUGCAUCCUGCCUUUCUCAAUUUGUUGAAAAACGUAACAUGAAAAAUUGCCGGCUUCCACUUGGUUUCACCUUCAGUUUCCCGUGUAUUCAGGAAGGCUUAAUCCGAGCCAGACUUGUUCAAUGGACUAAGGGUUUCAAGUGUGCUGGAGUUGAAGGAAGAGAUGUUGUUCAACUCCUUCGUGAUGCCAUCAAAAGGCGAUCGGAUGUUGACAUUGAUGUUAUGGCCGUUGUUAAUGAUACCACUGGAACUUUAAUGUCAUGUGCUCACAAAAACCGUGAAUGUAGAGUAGGAUUGAUAGUAGGUACUGGAACUAACGCAUGUUAUAUGGAAACUCUCGAUAACGUUGAACUUUGGAAUGAGGAAAUAGAUGAUCCACGUCAAGUUAUAGUGAAUACUGAAUGGGGUGCAUUCGGUGACAACGGAGUGUUAGAUUUCAUUCGAACGAAAUGGGAUGAAGAAAUCGAUGUCAAUUCCCUCAAUCCCGGAAAGCAAUUAUUUGAAAAGAUGAUUUCUGGAAUGUAUAUGGGUGAACUUUGUCGAGUUAUUCUAGCCGAUUUAACACGCAGAGGUCUCAUUUUUGAAGGAGAAGGAUCAGAAAAGUUGUUCACACCCUGGGGCUUCAAGACAGCCUACAUUUCAUUCAUUGAAAGUGACUCUAAACACAGUUAUACUGAAACACGUAAGGCUCUUGAAGAGCUUGAUUUGACUAACGUUUCAAACGAAGACUGUGAAGCAUUAAAGUUGGUCUCAGCACGAGUUUCAACAAGAGCAGCAUACUUAGUGUCUGCGGCUGUUGCAACCAUUCUCAACAAAAUUCGUCGACCUCACACAACUGUUGGAGUUGAUGGUUCAGUGUAUCGUUAUCAUCCUCACUUCCAUGACUUGAUGGAGAGAAAAAUUGCUGACCUUGUUCAUCCAGAGUACAAAUUCGACCUGAUGUUAUCUGAAGACGGUAGUGGUAGAGGGGCAGCUUUAGUAGCCGCUGUAGCCGUCAGGCAACCUACCAGGUAACCCAACCAAAAAUGAAAUAAUUGUUAAAAACUUGCGAAAAAUGCUCAUAAAUCGUUAGGAUCCAUUAUUAUAUAUCAUCAAAAUUUUGAGUCACCACAAUCAUUUACCCUACUUAGUUAUAGUCUGUAAUUUGUAUUUAAAUUGGUUUUAUAUUAAAUGUUUAUCUCUUAAUCAA